UCGGCCGCCACCGGGCUCCGGGCGGCAGCGGGGACGGCGGCGUCCCGUUCCCUCGUCCGCCCUCCUUCCCUCCCUCCUUCCCUCCUUCCCUCCGGCGCGGGGCCUCCAGACCCUCCUGCCCGCGGCCGCUGCAGGGAUGGAGGUAAACUGCUUAACACUCAAAGACCUGAUCGGCCCUUGGCAGUCCAGGUUCAAUUUCCCCGCCGAAGAUGGAGAAAGUGCCCAAAAGGAAAACAUAUACGUGGAUCGAUCCCGAACAGUUCCAAAGACCCCAUUGAAAAGCGAGCCGAUCGAUCUGUCGAAGCAGAGGAACUGCACCCCAGAAAGAAAUCCAAUUACGCCGGUGAAACUUGUGGACCGAUCCCAGGCUGAGCCAUGGACCCCAACGGCUAACUUGAAAAUGCUCAUUAGUGCUGCUAGCCCAGACAUGAGAGACCGCGAAAAGAAGAAAGAGCUGUUCAGGCCAAUUGAAAACAAGAAUGCAGCCUUCUCUGAAUCUCAGCAGCUUGACAUCGAAGGGGAUGGAACUAUAGAUGAAUUUGAAAAGCAGAGGCCAAGCCGGAAGCAAAAAAGUUUAGGACUUCUAUGCCAAAAGUUUCUAGCUCGCUACCCAAGUUACCCCUUGUCAACCGAAAAGACUACUAUUUCCCUGGAUGAAGUUGCUACUAGUCUUGGUGUCGAACGGAGGCGCAUCUACGACAUCGUGAACGUCCUGGAGUCCCUGCACCUUGUUAGCCGUGUGGCCAAGAACCAGUACGGCUGGCACGGGCGGCAUAGCCUGCGCCAGACGCUGAAGGGUCUCCGGAGGCUGGGCGAGGAGCUGAAGUAUGAGGAGCAGAUGGCCCUCCUUCAGCAGAAAGAGCUGGAUCUGGUGGAAUACAAAUUUGGAGAACACAGGAAGGAGGUCUUUGCUGAUGCCCAAGACCCAACAUUACUGGAGUUUUCAGAUGCCGAUUGCUCCUCAUCCUCCGCAAACAGCCGCAAAGACAAGUCCCUGCGCAUUAUGAGCCAAAAGUUUGUCAUGCUGUUCCUCGUCUCCAAGACUAAGAUUGUGACUCUCGAUGUAGCAGCAAAAAUCUUGAUAGAAGAGAGCCAAGAUGCAGCAGAUCAUAGCAAGUUUAAAACAAAGGUACGAAGACUGUAUGACAUAGCUAAUGUUCUGACCAGCCUGAUGCUAAUAAAGAAAGUGCACGUAACAGAAGAGCGCGGUAGGAAACCAGCAUUCAAAUGGAUUGGACCUGUAGACUUCGGCACAGAUGAUGAUGACCAGCUCCCAGACCUUCCAACAUCCGCUUUACCCAAACUGAAGAGCGAACUGUGUCCGCAGGCACUGACGUGUGCGAAACAGAGACUUGCCCGGCAUUCCUCUUUUAAUGCUGUUCAGGCUUCGGAAGGGAUCAAGAGGAAAGCAAGCUCUGAGCCCAGCAGCCCUCAAAGAGAGGAGAAGCGAGGUUCAGAAGAAUUCUGCUCGAAAAUUGCAAAUCUGUCAGCAGUCUGCAGACAAAAGAUCAAGCAGUGUACAGAGAGUAAAAGUUCAGCCACAGAAAAACUGACUCCAAAAAACACAGACCCCAUUCCUUCGUUCCCUCUUCUCCCCGUGGACUCGGAACUUUGCCUUAAUGCUUUACCCCAUCAGGUGUUUUCGGUUGCCCCGUCAGACCUGCCCCAGUUCUCUCUGUCGAACAGUCUGAACGGGCACAUAGCUGUCCUGCAAUCAUCUGUGGCAUCCGGACUGGAGACUGCAAAACCCGCUCUGCUCAACAAUCAGCCUUUUGUUUACGUCCCCUCCGCUUCCCUCUUUAUGCUGUAUGGAAGCCUCCCAGAGAGUCUCACGCCACUCCCCGCCGGUGCAGAACGAGCCGAUGGAUAUUCAGACCCUCAGACAGAGGCCACGGACCCGCCACCUGCCUCCCCCGCGGGCUCUCCGAAACGCGGCUGCCGUGCCUGUGCGUCUCUGGAAGCCGCCCAGCCAGCCGCCAAAAGGCAGACCGGCGAGCUGGAGGACGGUCCCCUCUCCCUGGUGCUGCCCAAGAGGCCCUCUCCCAAGAAACUCGGUAGCACGUAUUCAGUACCACUAGAAAAUGCUCGUCUUGGCCUAGAAUCUUCCCCUACUGAUGAGAUUUCAGGAAAGGCUGCAGUCAGAUGCUCAGAUAAUCCCAAACAGGGAAAUCCGACAAGAAGCACAGAAGACCGUGGAAGUUCCACCAAGGAGCAGGGAAAACUUCACCCUAAAGAGCCUUCUCUCCCACAGUAUCUGUAUGUGCAGUCUGCAGCUGGGUUGAAUGGUCUUAAUUUCCUGUUUUCGGCAAAUCAGACCCCUACUACUGUUGGUCUGUCUACGAGCCAGUUGGCCUCCGUAAACGUCCCUUGCAUGGUGGUGCCCUCCACGGCCCUGGCACCCUUUCCUGUGAUCUAUUCUCCCGCCAUCACGAGGCCUCUUCCUUCUCCUGCUGGUGGCCUUCCGAAUCCUCGCUCCGUGAAUUUUGGUCUGCCUGGUCUGGCAUCCACGGCUCACGUUCUCAUUGGCAACACAGCUGUGGUGAACCCCAAAACGGCCCAACUCCCGCCCACUGAGCCCCAGCCUCGCGUUCAGUCUCCAGUCCACCUGAGCCCGGUGUUGACAAGAUCUCAUAAUCCUGUGAAACCAGAUUCUCCCGUUUGCUUGGGACAUCCGGUCACGAUUGUGAAAUUCCCACAGUCACCAGCCCCACUGACGCCCAAGAGCGUUCGGCCCAGACAUCACGAGGCGUUUUUCAAAACUCCCGGCAGCCUCGGAAAUCCCGCCACCGCCUUGAGGAACACUGAAGGCAACCAGACCAGAAACACCAGCUCUGCCCAGAGAAGGCUGGAAAUCUCCAGCGGGGGCACUGAUUAACUCUGCUAGCCCACACGAGGAGGAGGAGAGUGGUCGUGGGACUUUCAGACUGGUUCUAGAAGACGGGCCCCGGCCUAAUGAAAUGGGCCAACUCGCAGCACAUAACCUUCCUCUUUCUUUUUUCUCCCUUUCCUCUACUGUUCACUUUUUCUCCUCACGAAUCACCACCCUGCUUUGUGACUCACUAUUAAUAGUUUAUCUAAUCCCAGUUUGGUUUCCAACCCUGUGCAUGGUGUAACAGAAAAAACAUUAACUUGCCUGUGCGGUUUCCACUUGAAAAAUGUCUUCUUACUAUUGGGAGACAGGGAUAAGACUAUUGCAGUCUUGUGGUUUUAAAAAGGUGAGCUGUCUAGCACUUAACUAGGGUAAGAACUCCAUGCUUUACAUACACUCUACUGAUCCUGAGUAAAUCUGUGACAGUCUAAUUUCCUUUCUGUAGUUCCCCGUGGCAGUGCUUUCUUGGCUUCAGGAGGUCAAAGUCAGCUUCAGCGAUGCAAUCUAUUCUAUUAUUUAUUUUGUUCCUGGAAGGGAUUUAGAGCAAAAAGUUUACAACUACAGAAUAACAGAUUUUCUCAGGGUAUGACUACUUGAAUGUUAGCACAAUGUUUUUUUCUAGAAUUUGCCCUGCACUUACUCUGUAAAUUCCUGGUACACAGGGAUGAAAGUCCACCUGUGAAAAAUUAUUCAGACCGAAAUAACUGUGAAGACUACCAUAUGGUCAGUUCUCCCUCGGUGUGUGUUUUCACUACAUUUUGGGUAGGAUGCCGUUGGGAGAAUUAGAAAGUGGCCUUACUGGUAAAGCACAUCUGGUAAAGAACAUGGUGCGAUGUCAGCAAGAAUGGGGUCAGGGCAUGGGUACUUAGAUGCCCUUUGGCCUUAUCUUGUGGCUCGUCAAAAACGUAGCCUAGGCAUGAGUAGGGAACUGACUGUACUUUUAGGAUUAAUGGGCUGUACUCGUGUGUGCGUGUGUUUGUGUGAUAUCAGAGUGAAAAUAAUCUAAAUUAUUGAAUUUGAAAGACGUUCCGUGUUCCUUUUCCCUCGGCCCUGGGUAUUGUUCUGCAGUGGUAAGCUGUGAGAAAUAAUUAUGCAAGGCCUUGUACAAUUCCUACUUCAGUGAAAUAUGUGCAGACAGUCCUUGAACUUGCAACCUAAUUGGUUCUUAAAGACCGUGUCUUAAAUUGAGACAUUGUAAGUCAAAGCCAAUUUCCCAAAGGAACAAUGGUUACAAAGUGGGAACUGGUUUCCAAAUCAAGGUCAGACACACUGUGUUUACCAAAAUUACCCAGAAUUGUGAAUUCAAUCAAUUAUAGGCAAGUGAUCUAGCUACAUUAAUGAAUUUGUGUUGAUCAGAGAGGGUCCACAGGAAGUUAACCAGUUGGCCCUGGCUAAUCUCAUUGGUGACUGUGGAGUGAUCAGUUAACCCUCUCCUUCCACCCCCGCUCUCAAAUCAAUCGAUGGUAUUUAUUGAGCGCUUAACUACUUAACCUUUCCUUCCUCAUUACAGCUUUCAAACCUGUUUCUCCAUUUUCCAUAGCACCCUUGCGCACUCACCCACUUUCUAUCAACAAAUCAACUGAUCAAUCAGGGGUAUUUAAUCAGGGGUAUUUAACUUUUACUGUGUGCAGAGCACUAUUUUAAGUGCUUGGGGGAGGAAGGUAGAGUAAGUACACAUGACCCCUCCCUUGCUGGGGAAAGACACUGAGAUAAAAUAUGGAUGGGGAAACAGAGUAUAAAGAUGCAUACUUAAGUGCUGUGAGAACUGGGGGCAAAAAGAGGAAAUUGAUUAGGAGAUAGGGGCCCAAGUGUGUAGUGAUGCAGAAGACAGAGAAAACAGGUUGGGGAGAUGAAAGAUUGAAGCAGUAUGGUCAUCGUGGAUAGAACACGGACCUGGGAGUC